AUGCCGUACGAGGUUCUUGUUGGAGGCUCGUGCUACACGCCUUCGGAUGCCCAGAAGCUGCGCGAGCUCAUCAACAAGUCCAGCCCCUCCAAGGUCAAGGACAUCCAGGGCCAAUGGAUCUACUAUGUGAACCUGCAGGUGUCGUCUCACGAUACUCUGGAGCAGGUUGAGGAGCUGCUGCAGGAUGUUCGCGGCUGGGGGCUUGGUUCCGAGGGUCCCGGAAACGCCCUGACGAUAUACGCAACGCCUCGCUACAUUUCGCCAUGGAGCUCCAAGGCCACCAGCAUUGCCCACGUCUGUGGCCUGAGGGAGCGAGUCUUGCGCAUUGAGCGAGGCCGUCGCAUCUCUAUCCAGUUUGAGGAGCCCUUGUCCGAGGGCCAGGAUGCCACGUUCCGCGAUGUGCUCUACGACCGCAUGACGGAGCUGUGGACUGCUGAGCCGCCGUCUUUGGUGCAGAUGUUCGAGUCCAAGGCACCUUCUUCUCUGGUUGCUGUCGACAUUUUCGCGGACAAGGAGGACCCUCUUCGAAUUCUCAGGGAGUACAAUGUCAAGAAGGGCCUCAGUCUUGACGAAUCCGAGAUGCAGUACCUCGUUGACGUGUUCACCAAACUUGGGCGCCCGCCCCAUGAUGUGGAGCUCUUCAUGUUUGCCCAGGUCAACUCAGAACACUGCCGACACAAAGUCUUCAACUCGGCGUGGACCAUUGAUGGCGUCCCUCAGGACAAGAGUCUUUUUGAGAUGAUCAAGACGACCCACAAGACCACGCCUGACUUUACUGUCUCAGCUUACAGCGAUAAUGCGGCGGUCCUUGAAGGCGACAACGCCAACGUUUGGGCUCCUGAUUAUUCUACUGGCUCCUGGAAGCUCACUCCAGAAGUCGUCCACAUUCUCACCAAGGUUGAGACUCACAACCACCCCACUGCCAUCUCGCCCUUCCCCGGCGCAGCUACCGGUUCAGGUGGAGAGAUUCGAGAUGAAGGUGCCGUUGGACGAGGUUCUACGACAAAGGCUGGCUUGAGCGGCUUCUGGGUCUCAGACCUGCUCAUCCCCGACAACCACGCCCCUUGGGAGAGUGACAUUGGCCGACCUCGCCACUAUGCUAGCAGUCUCGACAUUAUGCUCGAGGCACCUAUUGGUAGUGCCCGGUUCAACAACGAAUUCGGACGUCCGGCUCUUGCAGGUGUUUUUAGAACUCUCCUGACACCCGAGGAAUCCAAGGAAGACUCCGACGUCUCAAGCGUUGCCAACUGGCGCGGCUACCACAAGCCUAUUAUGAUUGCUGGUGGUCUCGGAUCUGUACGACCUCAGCACGCCCUCAAAGAGGAGCGAUAUGUCCAGGAAGGUGCCCACGUUAUUGUCCUCGGAGGUCCUGCGAUGCUCAUCGGUCUCGGCGGCGGUGCUGCCUCCAGCAGUGCCGGUGGAGAGCAAAGCGCCGAUCUCGACUUUGACAGUGUUCAGCGCGGUAAUCCUGAGAUGGAACGACGCGCUCAAAUGGUUAUCAACACUUGCACUGCCUUGGGUGAACACAACCCGAUUGCCAUGAUUCACGAUGUUGGUGCUGGUGGAUUGUCCAAUGCCCUCCCCGAGUUGGUCAAGGACGCUGGAUUCGGAGGAAAUUUUGAGCUUCGCCAGGUGGAAAGCAUGGACCGAAGCAUGAGCCCAUUGGAGAUUUGGUGCAACGAAGCCCAAGAGCGAUACGUUCUCCUGAUCAACGCCGACAGCAUGAACCGUUUCACAAGCAUCUGCCGCAGAGAACGAUGCGGAUUUUCAGACGUCGGAACCGUUAUUUCCAAGAACGAGCACGGAGCUACCAGCCUGAUCCUCACAGACAGAGAGUCCAAGGAGUACCCCCGGCCCAUCGAUCUCCCCAUGGACGCCCUUUUCCCUCCCAAGCGCUUGCUUCAGCGGGAUGUUGCUUCCAAGAAGCCCACUCUGCUCCCAUUCAACGCCUUUUCCAGCCUCCAGAAGGCCGUUGAGCGUGUUUUCUUGAUGCCAUCAGUUGGUUCCAAGUCAUUCUUGAUUACCAUUGGCGAUCGAAGCGUCGGUGGUCUCACCGUGCGUGAUCAGAUGGUUGGACCAUGGCAGACACCGGUUGCCGACGUUGCGGUAACAGCUACGUCGUUCCAUAUCGGUACCAAGCAGAAGACGGGUGAGGCCAUGGCUAUGGGUGAGAAACCUACUCUCGCCAUGAUUGACCCAGCAGCCUCUGCCAGAAUGGCCAUCGCCGAAAGUUUGAUGAACAUCGGUGCCGCUGAUGUCACAGAAGAUCUGCGUCGCGUCAAGCUUUCUGCCAACUGGAUGGCCGCCGUGAACCACGCUGGUGAGGGAGCAGCAUUGUAUGAAGCCGUCCGAGCGGCCAUGGAGAUGUGCACCAGGCUCCGAGUCAGUAUCCCCGUCGGCAAGGACUCGACAUCGAUGAAGGCAUCAUGGAAGAAUGAGGAGGACUCAAAGAACGUCACGGCACCAGUUUCUGUCGUCAUUUCUGCCUUCUCGGCAGUUCGUGAUAUUCGCAGCACUUGGACUCCCCAGCUCCGUCGCGUCGAGGACGUGGGCGAGACUAGUCUCAUGUUCGUCGACCUUGCAGAGGGACGAAGAGCCAUGGGCGGUUCCGCACUCGCUCAGUCUCUUGGUGCCGUUGGCGACAAGGCACCCGACAUGAAGAACUUUGACCUCAUCACAGACUACUUUGAUGCCUUGUCCCAGCUUCACCGAAGCGGCGUUGUCCUGGCUUACCACGACAGAUCUGACGGUGGUCUCAUCACCACCGUUGCUGAGAUGAUGUUCGCUGGCCGCUGUGGCGUUGACAUGAUGCUGGAUGGCAUUUCCAAGUCGGGCAAGCCCGAGGAUAUCAUCGAUGCCAUGUUCAACGAAGAGCUUGGUGCUGUGUUCCAGAUCCGCACCGAGGAUGAGAUCAACUUCAAGCGAUGCUUCGCUACCUGCGGACCUCCACCCGGCCUGAUUCGCAAGUUUGGUGUUGUCCGAUCGACCUCGAAGCAGAGCCUAAACAUUCGCCACGCAGGCAUGACCUUUGCCACCCUGGACCGAACCGAGAUGCAGCAGUGGUGGUCCAAGACGUCGUACGAGAUGCAAAAGAUCCGAGACAACUCUGCCUGUGCCGAGUCCGAGUUUGGUACCAUUUCCGAUUCUGCGGACCCGGGCAUCACCUAUAAGCUGUCAUAUUCGCCUGCUGAAAACAUUCUCCCCAUCACCUCGUCCAUCACUGGCUUCUUUGGAAGAAUCCCUCGUGUUGCCAUUCUCAGAGAACAGGGUGUCAACGGCCACGCCGAACUGGCUUAUGCCUUCAAGGCUGCCGGCUUCGAGCCCAUUGAUGUCCACAUGACGGAUGUCCUUGACGGACGCUCUCUCGCCGACUUCACCGGUCUGGCUUGCCCCGGAGGCUUCUCGUACGGUGACGUGCUCGGCGCCGGCCAGGGCUGGGCCAAGUCGAUCCUCAUGCACGACAACACGCGCAGGGAAUUCUCCGCCUUCUUCAAGCGCCCGGACACCUUUGCGCUCGGCGUGUGCAACGGCUGCCAGAUGCUCACCCGCAUCAAGGAGCUCAUCCCCGGCGCGCAGGACUGGCCCAACUUUGUCGACAACACCAGCCAGCAGUUCGAGGCCCGCUACAGCAUGGUCAAGGUGCAGGUCGACAAGUCCAAGCCCUCCAUCUUCUUCCACGGCAUGAACGGCUCCGAGCUCCCCAUCGUCGUGUCCCACGGCGAGGGCCGCGCCAAGUUCGGCUCGCCAAACUCUCUGCAGACGCUCACCGAGUCCGGCAUGGUGCCGCUGCGGUACGUCGACAACCGUGGUAACGUCACGGAGCAGUACCCGUAUAACCCCAACGGCAGCCCGAUGGGUGUCGCCGGUGUGGCCAGUCCCGAUGGUCGUGUUGUUGCCAUGAUGCCUCAUCCUGAACGUACCAUCAUGGCUGACAUUACGAGCUACGCUCCUCCUGAGGAUAUCGAAGAAUGGGGCGAAUUCGGUCCCUGGCUGAGAAUGUUCCGCAGUGCCCGCAGAUGGGUCGGCUAG